GUGGACGGGGCCCGUGCUGCAGGCCCCCGGACACCCCGUGCACCGGCAGGCAGUGGGCGCUAAGAUGGCGGCGGCAGAGGUGGCGGACGGUGACGACUCCCUCUACCCCAUCGCCGUACUCAUCGACGAGCUGCGCAACGAGGACGUGCAGUUACGUCUGAACAGUAUAAAAAAACUGUCAACGAUUGCCUUGGCUUUAGGAGUUGAACGUACCCGCAGUGAGCUCCUUCCAUUUUUGACUGAUACCAUUUAUGAUGAAGAUGAAGUGCUGUUGGCUUUGGCAGAACAACUGGGAAGCUUCACCGUUCUUGUUGGUGGACCAGAAUAUGUUCACUGUUUGCUGCCCCCCUUAGAGAGUCUUGCCACCGUGGAAGAAACGGUCGUACGAGAUAAGGCUGUUGAUUCGCUGCGAGCAAUCUCUCAUGAGCAUUCUCCUGCAGACUUGGAAGUUCACUUCGUACCACUAGUUAAGCGCUUGGCUUGUGGUGACUGGUUCACAUCCAGAACUUCAGCAUGCGGCCUUUUCAGUGUGUGCUACCCUCGGGUAUCCAGCUCUGUAAAAGCGGAGCUGCGGCAGCAUUUCCGUAGCCUGUGUUCAGAUGACACACCAAUGGUCCGCCGAGCUGCAGCCUCAAAGUUGGGUGAAUUUGCCAAGGUUCUGGAGCUGGAGUUUUUAAAAAGUGACAUUAUACCUCUCUUCACUUCCUUGGCUUCUGAUGAACAGGAUUCAGUGAGGUUGUUGGCGGUCGAAGCAUGUGUGAGCAUAGCACAGCUACUGCCCCAGGAAGAUCUGGAAGCUUUAGUGAUGCCUACUCUACGGCAAGCUGUGGAGGACAAAUCAUGGCGUGUUCGCUACAUGGUGGCAGACAAAUUUUCUGAACUUCAGAAAGCUGUGGGUCCAGAAAUUACAGAAAAUGAUCUGGUUCCAGCUUUCCAAAACCUGUUGAAGGAUUGUGAGGCUGAAGUUCGUGCAGCUGGAGCAAAUAAAGUUAAAGAUUUCUGUGAAAACUUGCCAGUGGAUUGCAGAGAGACUGUCAUAAUGAAUCACAUCUUGCCAUAUGUUAAGGAACUUGUCUCCGAUACCAAUCAACAUGUGAAGUCUGCUCUUGCCUCUGUUAUUAUGGGUCUGUCCACCAUCUUGGGCAAGGACAGUACAGUUGAACAUUUGCUUCCUCUGUUCUUGGCUCAGCUCAAAGAUGAGUGUCCUGAAGUACGUUUGAACAUUAUCUCCAAUCUGGAUUGCGUGAAUGAAGUUAUUGGAAUUCGCCAGUUAUCUCAAUCCCUUCUGCCAGCCAUUGUGGAGUUAGCAGAAGAUGCCAAGUGGAGAGUGCGCCUUGCAAUAAUAGAAUACAUGCCUCUGCUUGCUGGACAGUUGGGAGUAGAGUUUUUUGAUGAGAAGUUGAACUCCCUGUGUAUGACAUGGCUGGUGGAUCAUGUUUAUGCCAUUCGAGAGGCUGCUACCAACAACUUGACAAAACUAGUGGAGAAGUUUGGCAAAGAUUGGGCCGAAUCUACAAUUGUGCCUAAAGUUCUCGCCAUGGCCAGUGAUCCCAACUAUCUUCAUAGAAUGACCACCCUUUUCUGCAUUAAUGUGUUGUCCGAAGCCUGUGGCCAAGAUAUCACAUCAAAACAGAUGUUACCAACAGUUCUACAGAUGGCAGGUGAUCAAGUGGCAAAUGUACGCUUCAAUGUGGCUAAAUCAUUGCAGAAAAUAGGACCGGUUUUAGAUGCUAACACUUUACAGACUGAAGUCAAACCAAUAUUGGAGAAACUGAGUCAGGACCAAGAUAUGGAUGUGAAGUAUUUUGCCCAGGAAGCUAUAACUGUGCUUGCUUUGUCAUAGAAAGGGGGGAUGAAGAAAUAAAUCUCCAUACCUAACGUGAGAUCCAUCGCUGGUGCUGACGUCAUUGAAAACCUUACUUCACUACUUCCUACCCUGGAAAAUGUAAAUGCAUCGUUGGUAGUGUCACUGGAUUGUAGCUGCAUUGGGGAUUCAGGCUUCUGCAAUCUUGCUGCUGUCUACAUUUGGCAUGAGUGUGAUUUACAUUUAUUUAUUUUCAUUGAUUGUAGUGUACCCAGUGGCAUUAUGUAUCUAAAGUGUUUAGCUGUUAACCGUGUUAGAAAACGGGUGUGUGGUUGUUCACCUGGGUAACCCAACCUUGUUACGUAUGUAACCACUGCUUUCUCAGUAGUCACUUGUAUCCGUGUUUGCCAGCAUGUUUCUCCUCUCCCAAAAACUCUUGGAUGCAUCCCAAUAUUCAAUUGCAAAUAUUAGUAGUAAAAGAGAAUAUUCUAGAAAUGAAUGUUGGUUAUGUUGUGUUUAGAUUGGAACAAAAAUGAAGGGGUUCACUCGAGAUGUUAAUUGCUUUCUUUCGGAUGCUGAAUGACAUGCUGCACACGUUGACUGUUCUUGAUUUUCCUUUACCAUUAAUCAUUUCUAACCGUAUAAAUGAACAUUUGCAGUUUCCUUGUUAAAUUAGACAGCUUUGGAAUAGCCCUUGCUUCAACUGUUUUAAAUAAAUGUAAAUGAAAGUCUCAUCUUGACCAUACUCAUUUCAAUGACUUAACAGCAGUGCCAACGAAUGUUGUGGCUACCUGUAGAACGUAGAACAAUACAGUUCUUUAGUUGUAAUCUAUAGUUCUGUAGUGUUUCCCACUCUUGGGCUGCUUUGCUUUAUCAGGUUUGUCAGUUUUACUCUGAAGCUGCUUGAUCCCCACCCUGAACAGGUCCACGUUUGGAUAUUGCCAUUCCAGUAAGAGUUGGUCAGGGUUGGGAUCCUGCUUCAACUUUGCAAAUCAUGUAAUUUAAUGUUUAAAUUGCUUUCAACAUGGACCUUUUCAAACAAAUUUAGAUCGUGUUAGAUUGAUUUACCCUGUUUAUCAGUGGAUGUUUGCCUCUAAUUUGUAUAUUUUACACAUUAUUGAUUUGACUGAUUCCCAAAUAAAGUGGAUAAAGACAAA